AUGGAUCCAAAGCUGUUGUCUCUGCUGGCGCCGGUUAGCAGCUUUUUUUCCCUCUCAUCUGCCCUUGUGCUCUCCGGGGGCCUGGUGGUAUACUGGAUUCUUUGGGUUGUUUACGCCAGGCAUUUCCAUCCCCUUCACAAGAUCCCUGGACCAUGGCUAGCGUCCGUCAGCCGACUGUGGUACAUGUUGCAGAUUGCUCGAGGCGAUAUGGAAUACACGCAAAGGCGGCUGCAUGCCCAAUACGGACCACUUCUCCGGAUUGCACCCAAUGAGGUCGCGUGUGCGUCGCCCGAUGCCAUCAAGACCAUCUAUCGGAUCCAAGGAGCUCUGGACAAGACCGACUUCUACAGUGUCUGGAACACCCAGAAUUUCAGCAAACACCCCGACGUGUUCACAUGCAUCAGCGACAAGGUGCACGGCGAGAGGAGGCGCAUCAUGAAUCAUGUCUACACCCUGAGUAACGUGCUCAAGUCGGAGGAGUACAUUGACAAGUGCACUGGGCUCUUCCUCCAACGGUUGGCCGAGUAUCAGGAUGGCUCCAGGCCAUUUGACCUCGGCGAAUGGUUGCAAAUGUACGCUUUCGAUGUGAUUGGCGAACUUUACUUCGGCCGUAUGUUUGGUUUCAUGGAAACGAGCAGCGACCAUGAAUCGUGGAUCCAUUCGCUAGACUUGCUGAUGCCCUUCUUGUGCAUGACAGCCGUGGCCCCAACCUAUGUCCGCUCACUCAUUCUCGCUUCAGCACUCGUGGUCCCGGGUUCUCUGGCAGCGCUGAAAGCGAUCGAGAACAUCGGGACAUCGGCGAGAAGAUGUGUAGCCCAACGGUUUGCCGAGGAAUCUAAGGACGAGGGCCAACACCGGAGUGAUAUUCUCGACCAGCUGUACAGAAUCCAUCUCGAGAAGGGUGACAAGGUUGACUUCAACCUGGGCGAAAUCGAGCAGGAGGCUUACGUCGCAUUGUUCGCCGGGUCUGACACCACCGCCAUUGCUCUGCGGUCUGUGUUUUACCAUCUCUUCAAAAACCCCACCGUGUACAAGCAACUCGUGCAAGAGAUCGAUGAAGCCGCGGAACGAGGGCAGCUCAGUUCACCUGUCAAAUAUUCGGAAGCCAUCCAACUGCCGUUCCUCUGUGCCUGCAUCAAAGAAGCCCUGAGAGUGCAUCCCGGGGUUGCGCUGACCAUGGGUCGGACGGUUCCUGCCGAAGGUCUCCAGCUUUGUGGAACAUACAUACCAGGAGGUUACCGCGUGGGUAUGAACGCCGCGGUGAUUCAUUAUGACAAGUCCAUCUUUGGACCUGAUGCCGACCAGUAUCGCCCAGGCCGAUGGCUUGCGGACGACGCAGCCGCCCUGGACAAGUACAUGCUACACUUCGGGGCCGGGACUCGCACAUGCAUUGGCAAGAACAUCUCGCUGGCAGAACUGCACAAGCUCGUGCCGUCCGUGUUGAGAGAAUUCCAGCUCGACUUGCGGGAGAAAGGCCAGGUCUGGCGGACCAGGAAUCUGUGGUUUAACAAGCAGGAGGGUGUCCAAGUGCGGGUGACAGCUCGCCAAUUCGCAAAGGCAAAGGGAGACCGCGCUGAGCCAGAUGUCGAGAUCUGA